CCGGAGUCUGUGACCAAAGGAGAAGGCUGUUGCGAGACGAACGAUGAUGCCUGAGAAACUAUUAAUUUCAUCAUCAGGGCUCUGAAUGGCUACCGAGUCCAUCGCCCUGGUUCCCUUUGAGAUAUCACGUGACCAAUACAGAGUUUACUGGCAUUGAAGUAGGACUUUGUGCUUGCAGUCAAUAACUCCACGCUAUUGGGACCACACCAUGCGUACCACCAUCUGUUAAUGUUAUGCCCCAUGACACUUACGGAUGCUACUCGGAUAUCGCGUGCUUCGAAUUAUUCCCCUUCGCCAGCAGAUUCCGCCGUCCUGCGCUUCCGCGGACCGCACACCAGUUUGCGCGGCGACUGCGCCCUAUCGUUCAGUUACAUUCCUUAUUUAUUGCGAGCCAGUCCAAAAAGGGAGUCCGUUGUGGGCUGGAUAUCAAGGAGCUGGCAGGUAUAUAAACCACUGUGCUUGGUGAGGGCUUGACUCAUUACUGGACGUUUUCAUCAAGUAUUCCGCAGAAAUGAAGGCCAUCGUCGCCGCUCUCGCUGCUGCCGCCAUACCGCUUGCCGCGGCUCACUAUACCUUUCCCGACUUCAUCAUCGGCAGCACCGCCUCGGCAGACUGGCAGUACAUUCGCGAGACCGCCAACCACUACUCCAAUGCUCCGGUGACAAGUGUUACUGACCCCGAGUUCCGUUGCUACGAGCUCGACCUCCAGAACACUGCCGGUCAAACUUCCACCGCCACUGUCAGCGCUGGUUCUACGAUCGGCUUUCAAGCUAACGGCCCGAUUUACCACCCUGGAUAUCUCUCGGUCUAUCUAUCCCAAGCUUCACCGGCCGCCAACUCUCCGGAGGCUGGUACCGAACAGACCUGGUUCAAAGUCUACCAGCAGACACCUGUCUUCGAUGCGGCCACCCACCAGCUCAACUUCCCUUCCGAAACCCAGCAGUCCUUCACUUUCACUCUCCCGGAGAGUCUUCCGAGCGGCCAGUAUCUUGCACGGGUUGAGCAGAUCGCUCUGCACGUCGCUGAGACCUACGGCGGCGCCCAGUUCUACAUCGGCUGCGCGCAGCUGAACGUCGAGAAUGGCGGUAGCGGCAACCCGGGCCCGCUCGUCUCGAUCCCCGGUGUCUACACUGGCUACGAGCCUGGCAUCCUUCUCAAUAUUUACGACCUCCCCCAGAACUACACUGGCUACCAGGCUCCUGGCCCCGCUGUCUGGCAAGGAUAAAGUUUCUCGAAAAGACAUAUGCAGCGUUCGACGGUGCUUUCGUGUUCCGCACUACGAUCUCGCAUUUGUACUGCUAGUGCUUGGAAAACAAUGUGCACAUUCAUAUACUACCAAUGUCAGCAAAAUAGCAGCAACGACAUUCCC